AUGACUGUAAAAUCCCUUGCUGUCCUCAACAAAUCCUACAGAAUGCGGGGCCCUUAUGAGAUGAAGAAGGAGCAGACACGUCUUUUUCGACAACUCCCUUCUGGUCUGAACAUGGAAGUGAUUGAGCAAAAGGGUCUUGUUUUCACAGAUAAAAAAAUAAUAGAGACCCAAGAAACAGCGAAAAGAACCCACCUUUGGUUUUUGUUCAUGGAAUUAUCAUCUGCUCGGUGCUGGGAUGAGCACUGGUUGCCUUUCUUUUCAUGGUUCGGCUUUGACUGCUAUUCUGUUAGCUUGUUGGGUCAGGUGACGCGCAGCUUUGCAUUAAGGCUUUUCAAACAGAUCUUUCACUCUGUAAGGAAACAUUCAUCUCAUCAACGAUGGAGGAUCAUCUGGUGAAACGAUUAGUUUAUGUAGUUCUUCUCCAUAUCCUUGAAACCUAGUUUACUGUUCAUGUUGUUCGAAAUGA